GUUUCAGCCUCCGCAGGUUGCAGUGAAGGUUCUCGGGCAUUCGGAGCGACGGAGGAGCGUCGGAGCCGAGUGGAGCGGCGAUGUAUUUCUUGACGUAGCUUUCUGUAUGAGUUAUAUUUUCUUACAUGAAAUAAAUGAAUUUAAAGAAAUCUCCUCAAGCUUCAAAUACGUCUUUGGAUAAACAUUGGAGGUUUUUAAUGAAUGUUAUUUUGGUCCGUGGGACAUAAUGUGAAACAUCCUAAAGCGGAAAGACUCGAGGAUUACUGCUUAACUGGAGUCAGUGAAAUAGUUUAUUUGAAAGAAAUGGGUAAACUUCAGUCCAAGCACGCCUGCAAACGGAGAGAAAACCCUGAAGGGGACAGUUUUGUAGUGAGUGGGUUUCUUUCAAAAAGAGGAGGAGAAAGUGAGAGGUCCGAGCAAAAGACAAGGCACAUUCAGGACUUAGUCAGCAGUGAGUUUAAGGAUGGACAGUUUGGAGACCACCACUGCCCCCUAGAGGUGGUCCUGCCUCCUGAGAAGGCGGAGGGCUGUGAAAGCUUCGUGCAGUUUGUGAACGGUGAGGAAGGAGAGAGAGAGAGCAAUAAAGCAAAGAAACGCAUCAGUCUGAAUGAGCUGGAGUGUGACGUGUCCGUGGAGGACGAUAACAGGCAGGAGUGGGUCUUCACCCUCUAUGACUUUGACAACAGCGGCAAAGUGACCAAAGAGGACAUGUCGAGUCUGAUGCACACUAUCUACGACGUAGUGGACGCCUCAGUAAACCAGUCGUGCCACAGUAAGAGCAAAACGCUGCGUGUGAAGCUGACUGUUACGCCUGAGCCCAGCCCCAGGCGGAGAGAACACACCACACACACCGGGACAGAAAGGGACUGGAGCUGUAGCCGCGUGGACGCCACGCAGCAGGAAGAGGUGCGCGGGGGAGACAAACGCCACUCUACACACAUGAGGGACUCUCUGGAGAGGAAUCAUUACUGCGUGGAUGAGAACACAGAGAGGAGGAAUCACUACUUGGACCUGGCCGGCAUCGAGAACUACACCUCCAGAUUCGAAAUGCCCCCUACAGUGCAUCAGGAAAACAUAUCCCGUCCUUCUCACUCUCAGAGCCGCUCACGCUCCCACGAGCCGGACUCGCACUCCCAGCAGCGCCGUUCACAGCUCAUCAGCGAUCACUGCGGCUCUCGCGCCCUCCACCCCACCAGACCUCCUAAAGGGGCGUCUAAAGGGGGUGGGACCACCCCAACGAGGGCCAGCAAGUGUUAUGGGCAUCACGGAGGGCAGGACGUGUAUCACCUGCCUCAGCAGAGCCAGCCUCAGCUGCACACACACUCCCAGCACCCCCUGCAACACAGCCACAGCAAGAGGCUGAGGUCCAGAACGCAGAGUAAACACACACCACAGUCACCUGAUCGGGAACACACGCACGCCGCAGGAUUCGUGGUACCCAUGGUGCAACGGCAUGAGCAUCAUCACCACCACGAGCAUCACCAUCAUCAUCACUAUCAUCACUACCAUCAGACAUGAUCAUGCACACACACACACAAUUACACAUUCAUAUACACACACAUGUAGUGUGUCCUAAUCAUGUCAAAACCACGGACAGAUCAAGGCUUCUAGAAAACUGUGGAAAUCAGAUGUUUAAAGAUGGACACUUCGCUCACAUUUGCACACUUUUCCGACACUCCAUGUGCGUGCCGUCAUAUUACAUAUUCCAGGUAUUCUUCUCUUAUCCAGUCUCAGGUGAAAGCUGCUGCUGUUAAAGCUUUUCAGAGAAACGGCUACUUUUCUCUCGGUUACCUGCUGUGGACUGAGGGAUCUCCUUCUUACCAGGGUACACAUCACCACUGCCAGUUAAUGCAAAAAUAUAUCCCUUUAUGUAUGAAAAUGUAUGACUAUAAACAUUUAUUGUUUAAUUAUACAGACACCAUAUGCAUAUUUAUCAUGAUCAAUAUGUAUGCGUAUAUAUUUUAUCCUGUUUUUAUACAUAUUUUAAUAAAAUACUUCAUAUGCA